GACGUCAUUGACGUGGAACGGGACUGUUUGUUCUGGAUUUGGGGCGAGGAAGGUCUGCGACCGCUGACAACCGACUAAACAAGGUGUGACACUUGGCUUUCGGUGGGUUGUGGUUUCCUUGCCUCAACAGUGUGUCACUGAGUAACAUCCCGUGUACCCUCAGGAAACUACUGCCUCACCAACUGAGAUAUGAUAACCCUAGUGGAUUAGACCACAGCUGGAGAGCACCCAACAUAGAGUCACAUGAGGAGUGUAAUGGCCUGAGGGGGGCCCCCCCGCUUCCACCUGCCCCUGCCAGGUCCAAUCUGCCUAAACUGUCUGCUCAGUCACUGCAACCUACCGCUGCGAUGGGAGACGGACUGGAGGCGGGCAGCAGCCAGAACCCUCCCUCUGCCCCACCGCCCCUCCCCUUCAACCCUUCACCCCCUGAAACAUGGAACCCUUCCAGACCCAAACGACAGACCAACCAGCUACAGUACCUGCUUAAAGUGGUGUUGAAGACAUUAUGGAAACAUCAGUUUGCAUGGCCCUUUCAAGCACCUGUUGAUGCAGUCAAACUCAAUUUACCUGACUACUACAAGAUCAUAAAAUCUCCUAUGGACAUGGGUACGAUAAAAAAACGACUAGAGAACAACUACUACUGGAAUGCCCAGGAGUGUAUCCAAGACUUCAACACAAUGUUCACUAACUGCUACAUCUACAACAAGCCUGGAGAUGAUAUUGUCUUGAUGGCUGAGGCCUUGGAGAAGAUCUUUCUCCAGAAGAUUACAGAGAUGCCGCAGGAAGAGACUGAGAUUGCUGUCAUUACCAAGGGCCGUCGUGGAGGCAGGCGGGAGUCUGGUCUGAUCACAUGUCACAAGUCAGAUUCAGGCCAAGACUCAUCAUCCCCUUCAACCACCCCAAAUACAAGAGGCUUUCCAUCACCAUCAACCACUCCGCAGUCCCGUGGUCCCCCGGUCCAGCCCUUGGUCCAGCCCUUGGUCCAGCCCCUGGUCCAGCCCCUGGUCCAGCCCUUGGUCCAGCCCUUGGUCCAGCCCCUGGUCCAGCCCUUGGUCCAGCCCUUGGUCCAGCCCUUGGUCCAACCCUUGGUCCAACCCUUGGUCCAGCCCCUAGUCCAGCCCCUAGUCCAGCCCCUAGUCCAGCCCCUAGUUCAGCCCUUGGUCCAGCCACUAGCCCAGCCUCAGCCCCCACGUGUGCCCCCCACACCCACCAACCAUGCUCCACAUCUGUUAACCCCAUUCCCUCUUUCAACCCCAGACGUCCUAGGCCAAGGCAUGACAUCAGUUCCUCCUCCAGUUUUGACCCACCCAGGCCUCCAUCCCACCCCUAUGCUGCAGAGCUCCCCUGCUCUCAUCAAGCAAAGGAAGAGCCAGAAGAGGAAAGCGGAUACGACAACACCCACAGCCAAUGACCAGCUCAGUGAAUCACCUCCAGUAUCAGAUGCGACUCGGCUGCGCCGAGAAAACAGUCGUCCAUUAAAACAACCCAAACGAGACCCCUUACAGCCAGACUCGCAGCACCUGGGCGGAGGUGUGGAGACCGGAGGGAUAAGCACGCCAAAGCGUCAGGAGCAGCUACGCUCCUGUGCGCGCCUUGUUAAAGAAAUGCUUUCUAAGAAACACGUGUCAUAUGCCUGGCCUUUUUAUAAACCUGUUGAUGCAAAAGCUCUUGGCCUACAUGACUACCAUGAAAUCAUCAAGCACCCCAUGGAUCUCAGCACUAUCAAGAAAAAGUUGGAUAACAGACAAUACAGAGAAGCCCAAGAAUUUGCUGCAGAUGUCAGGUUGAUGUUCUCAAAUUGUUACAAGUACAAUCCUCCAGACCAUGAUGUGGUUUCCAUGGCGCGCAAAUUACAGGAUGUGUUUGAAAUGCGUUUUGCUAAAAUGCCUGAUGAUCCUGAGGAGCCCACCCCUAUUCCCACACCAUCGUCGGUCCUCCACCCUGCACCCUCCACUCGACAAGUUCCGCCUCCGUCUGCUGUUUCAGAAGGUGACAGCUCUAGUACUUCUGAAUCGGAGUCCUCGGGCGGAGACUCAGAACAAGAGAGGAAACAGCGACUGGCUGAGUUACAGGAACAGCUUAAGGCUGUCCAUGAGCAGUUGGCAGCACUCUCUCAGCCACAAGCCAGCAAGCCCAAGAAGAAAGAGAGGGACAAGAAAGAGAAAAAGAAAGAAAAGCACAAAAAGAAGAUGGGAGUAGAGGAACCUGUAGAGACGCCACCUCUUGGGAUGCUUCAGACUUCCAAGAAAAGCAAGAGCAGCAAGGAUCCUGUGAUGGCAAAGAAGGACAGGAAAAAGCCCAGUAAGAAAGAGGGAAUUAAAAACAGUCGCCCAGCUGCAGCCCCUCAACCAGGCCCAGUCCCUCUUGUCCCUUCAGCUUCUCUUGAAGCAGAGGAUGAUUUGGAUGUAUUUGAAAGCAUGUCAGCUGACCGAUGCAAGCCGAUGUCGUACGAGGAGAAGCGCCAGCUGAGCCUUGACAUAAACAAGUUGCCUGGUGACAAACUGGGUCGAGUCGUGCACAUAAUCCAAACCCGUGAGCCUUCGUUGAAAAACUCAAAUCCCGAUGAGAUCGAGAUUGACUUUGAGACUCUGAAGCCCUCCACCCUGAGAGAGCUAGAGAAAUAUGUCUCCAGCUGCCUCAAAAAGAAGAAAAAAACAACAGUAGAGAAGUCUCUGGAAAUGACAAAUGUGACAAAGAUGAAGACAGGAUCCUCAUCUUCAGGCAGCAGUGACUCCUCUGAUAGUGAAGACUCUGAAAAUGGGCUGGUUCCCAAGCAACAGAAGAAGAUGCCAACCAACAAAGACACAAAAAGACCUCAGCACCAGCCCCUCAGUAGUGCAGUGGGCCCAGUCACUUCUGCGUCUCAGAGUCAGCCUCAGCUGGUCCAAUCGAAGCCACCAUUCGUACACCCUCCCCCUGUCCCUGUCUCAGUCCCAUCUCUGGACUCCUCCCAGCUAAUGACCUCAGGAUUUGAUCCCCUGGCUCACUUCAUGAACCCUCAUUUAACACAGUCGAACACAGAGCCCAGUGCAACCAUUACCACUGCCGGUACACGUGUUGCAACAGGGAUUCUCAAUGCAAACACACCCACCAGUCAAACACCCACUGAGACGCAUCCUUUUCUAAACCAACAUCCAAUUCUACCUUCCCCAGCGAUCCAUAAUGCUCUUCCCCAGCAACCAUCGAGACCUAGCAACCGUGCUGCACCACUUCCGCCCAAACCCUCACAACCUCCCUCAUCCUCGCUUCCCUCCUUACCUCCAUCUUCCUCACCGCAGCUUCAACCCACCCUUUCCCUUAACCUCCCCCAAUCCGUCCCGCGCCCACGGGUCCCUUCACCGCCAUCACAUGGCAUCCUUGGUACCCUCUCAGCACAGCCUCCCCAAGCUCUGCUGGAGGACGAUGAAGAGCCAACACCCACCAAUUCUGAAACCCUGCCUCUCAGUCAGGUCCACACCCUUCUACAGUCGCUUCAGGCAAGACCCACCACGCAGACGCAGCAGCUGCACACACACUCACCCCAGCUGAUGCCCCAGCUGGUGCACACACAGGUUAUGACGACAACCACUCCUGCCCUCACGCAGAGACCAGGCUCAGGGCACCUGCCACAGUCAUUUCCGCCUAUGCACACUUCAGUGUCGCAGCAGCAGAAGGGGGCAGUCCUGCAGCAGAAGGUGCAGCAGCUACACCAACAUCAACAACAACUUUCACCACGAAACAAAGCAGAGCCUUUUUCAACCGGCUGCCUGCGUGAAAGCCCCUCUCCUCUGAUGCAUUCUCCUCAGAUUCCUCAGUUCCAUACAAUGGGACAGCAGUCACCCUCCCAGACCAAGAAGCAUGAGCAGAGAUCCAAUCUUGUGGAAAUUAAAGAGGAGAAGCCUUCACACUCACCGGUUCUGCCCCCAUCACCAUUCAACCCUGCAAUCCGUCAAGACACACACAAACCAGACAGCAAACACAGGUUAGAUAUAAAGCCAUUGGAUGGUUCUCGCCCCAUUCCCCACUUCCCAGACUCCCCAGCCCCACCUGGCUCCCAACAGGACAUCAAAAUCAAACAAGAACCCAAAACUCCUAUUGCACCCAAGAAGAUACAGGAUGUAAAGUUAAAGAAUAUGGGUUCUUGGGCCAGCCUGGCUCAGAGGUCCCAAUCCACAACGGCUACCGCGGUGCGCUCCUCCAGCGACAGCUUCGAACAGUUCAGACGGGCGGCCAGGGAGAAGGAGGAGAGGGAGAGACAGCUGAAAGCACAAGCAGAGCAAGCCAGGAGAGAGCAAGAAAAGCUGCGCCGUGACGAUGAAGACACGAUGGAGCAGGCUCGCCGAGCACAAGAAGAUGCCCGCCGUCGUCAGGAGCAGCAGUCGCCACUUGCUCCAACACCUCCAGCCUCAACUCCACCCACUCACUCCCCACAGGCCCCACCUCCACAACAGCAAGCUCCACCUCCACCAUCCUCAGCUGCGCAGAACGCUCUCGACCAUCAGAGGGAGGUGGCUCGCCGCCGUGAGCAGGAGAGGCGUAGGAGAGAAGCGAUGGCGGACACCAUUGAUAUAAAUUUCCAGAGUGACCUGAUGGCAAUUUUUGAAGAGAAUCUGUUCUGAGAGGAAAUGAGAGAAGAUGGCGUGAGAGAAGGACCUAUAUUCACAACUGAGCAGAUUUACAAAAUGCAUAUAAAUAACAGUGCUAUAAAACACACGGUUGCUGCCACACAAAUACCCACACCAUUACACUGACUUGAUAGUUACUGUCCUUUUCUCUCAGUAGUUGAAACAGCUGGCUUGUGUCACAUGAAUGGGAGGGGAUUCAAAUGGGCAGCAGUCUUUUCCUAGUUCAGUGUUUAUGGUUGUUUGUUUUUGAUCUCCUGGAACACUGGGACAAGCAAACACAGGCAGCUCCUCAAGGAAUCAUGGAAAAAAAAAGAGGAGAUAAAAGUUAAAUGAAAAAUAACGAUGAAGAGGAUGAUUUAAUUUAAUAAACUGAUCAAAAAUCACGAAAACAUUUUUUUUCUCUCUUACAUGUUACAGGACAGACAGGACAGGGGUGUAAAAUUACUGGGUAAACAAAAAAACCAUCAAAGUGCCCCCCCUUCUCUCUCUCUCUCUCUCUCUCUCUCUCUCUCUCUCUCUCUCUCUCUCUCUCUCCAAUUUCAUCUCUUUUUUGUUUUAAGUCAGGCUGUAAGAGGGGAGUGGGGUUGGGGUGGAGUGGUCAAGUGUGUCAGGUUCAGUCAUUAUCUGAGUUUUCUCAGGACACAGUGGGAGCCAAACACCCUGGCUGUAUACACUCUUCUAAGACCACUUUCCUUUCUUCACCACCUUCUACUUCUCUGCAGUCCCAAAUGGAGGAGGUGGACACCUCAGCCACAUUUAAUGUUCAAAGAACCGUCUGGAAGGAAUGAUCACGUCUAAAUGUUUCAGUGUGUCCCUUGCCUUAGCGCUCUGGCCUGUAAAAUAAUGAUCAUACCCUACAAAUUAUACAUAUUAUAUAUAAAUAGAUACAUGGAUAUAUAUUAUAUACGACAAAGUCAACAAAAAAAAAGAAUGAGAGGGAUUUUGGUGUGGUGAGCAAAGCUCGUCUCUGUGUUCAUCUCUCA